GCGCCAUUUUGGCUCAAACAAAGUCAGAAACAGUAUAUCUUCGAUAAAGUAUUUUAAAUUGUAUCCAUUUAAUACGAUGUAUAAGUAUUCAGGACACUACUCUGGUUUCCACGAAAUAACACUUAAUGCUAUUGUAACUUUUUUGACACCGCGUAAGUAACGUUGGUUGGCGAAAAGUAACGUUAAUGAUUAAAAAAACCCCAGCUGAGUUUCACUGCCAGCCAAGCUAUCUUGACGUUUGCUAAAUUUAGCUUUGCAGCUUGUUUUAACCUCCGCGAUGGGUGGCUGCUCCGCUCCAAACUGCUCCAAUUCAACCAGCAUCGGUAAACAGCUGUUUAGGUUCCCCAAAGACCCUGUCCGUAAGAAGAAAUGGGUGGUGAACUGUCGACGUGACUUCGAGCCAACUCCUCACUCCAGACUCUGUCAGGACCAUUUUGAGCAGAGCCAGUUUGAGGAGAUAGCUAGGUCUCCAGCUGGGGGAAAGAAGCUGAAGCCCAAUGCCAUCCCCACUCUGUUCACUAUCGGAGACCCUCCUUACCCAGCAGUCACUAUUCCAUACAUCUUGCUGCCCAUGAAACCCGAACCAGUGGAGAAGGAGCUGAACUUCGGGGACCAUGGCUAUGCAAGACGUACCGCUCUGCCUGGCCUGGAGGAGGAGGAUGCAGACAGGACGGCAGAGGACCAGCAGCCCUGCACACAGUGUCAUCUCCUCAAAAAACAGCUGGAGCAGGAGAUGCAGCAUACUGCGAGGCUACAAAAGGAGGCAGAGGAGAUGAAGAAGCGCCUGUACCGGCUCGACCGGAUCGAGAAGGGUCUCCAGAACUUUCUGUAUGAGGACCAGAUUCGCGCCCUGUCCCUCACCAAACGCUCCCGGCGCGCUGUCUGGUCUCCGGAGACCAUCCUAAAGGCCCGAAAGAUCCGCUGCGCAGUUGGCACAAAAGGCUACGAGUACUUAAGAGAACUGGGUUACCCUUUGCCCUCCUACAGGACUCUAUGUAACCGCCUGGAGACUAAGAUCAUGGUGACGACUGACAUGAGUUGUGAGGAGCUGGCAGAGCUGAGCCUGGGCCUCAUGGCCACUUGUAACAGUCCCACAGACGUAGUUGGGGAAAACGAUGAGGAGGAACUCAUAGGCGUGUUGUCCUGAUCGUGGCAGUGGGCACGACUUGCUGACUCUAACCAAGAGGAGAAUGCGCCGAAUGCUGGCGCAUUAUGCUUCUUCUCUCAUGUUCUGCACCACUAAGACAUGGCUUUGCUCUACUCAUGCGAGAUGCUGGGGCUCAAGUCAGCCCCAUCAUUGUGAUCCUGAUGUUUCUUACCACGAUGAAGAUGCUGAGCUGCAGUGUGUGAGAAGACGUAGUCUGUGACCAAGAAGACUACCAUGGAGUGUGUGGAACGUGUAGACAUAAUUUGCACAAAGCCUGUUGACUUUGUUGCUUGUGUUUAUGGCAAAUUUAAUGUGUUUUAAACUGACUGUUUACAUGCACAAUAAAACCCUGGUAGUAUUCAGGAUACUCAAAUGUACUGAGAGCAAAUAUACUCAUGUCCUGAGUUAGAAAACUUGCCGUGGCAUGUAUAAACUGUUUCCUGUACAUGAUGCAAGCUUAACUUUUCUUUGUUAGAAUUCACCAAAAGUAUUUAUCAUAUAAUGGUGUACACGCAUACGGGAUACAAGUUGGUGUCUAGGAAGAUGUUUGCAUUUAAACAUAAAUAGGUGGUUUCAAACUAUGCUGUUUUAAUUAACCCCUUCUACAAAUCAUUCAAAUGCUUUUGGGAAAAUUAGGGUUGAAUUCAUGUAGCCAAUUUCGAUCACAUUUGCGAAGCUAAAACCUUAGGUACCUUAAGUAAACCCUCCGUUGGUAAAUAACUACCGGUAGUGUGAUUCUACAAUAGAUAGGUUGAACAUUUCUGGCUUGCAGUGCAGUUGUAGUUACCACAAAGGGUAUCAGAAAGAGCUCCUACUGGUCACAUGACAUUCAAUAGCCCAAAAAACACUG